AUGUGUGUGCGGCUAGACCCAGGUCGCCUGGGCUUCGCCUUCGCCAGCGCCCUGGCCUCCACCCGGGCCUCCGAGGAGCCGCCGCUACGCCCGGCCCGCGGGGCAGCGUCCCCUGGAGCGCGGGCUGCGGCGGCGCCCUGGGCGCGCUUCUCGGCCUGGCUGGAGUGCGUGUGCGUGGUCACCUUCGACCUGGAGCUGGGCCAGGCGCUGGAGCUGGUGUACCCCAGUGACUUCCGGCUCACGGACAAGGAGAAAAGCAGCAUCUGCUACCUAUCUUUUCCUGACUCCCAUUCAGGCUGCCUCGGAGACACUCAGUUCAGCUUCCGCAUCCGGCAGUGUGGUGGGCAGAGGAGCCCCUGGCAUGCGGAAGACAGGCACUACGACAGCGGGGCUCCCGUGUCCUUGCAAAGGGAGCCGGCACACUACUUUGGUUACGUGUACUUCAGGCAGGUGAAGGACAGCUCUGUGAAGAGGGGCUACUUCCAGAAGUCUCUGGUGUUGGUGUCCCGCCUGCCCUUUGUCCGGCUGUUCCAGGCGUUGCUGGGCCUCGUUGCCCCCGAGUACUUUGACAGGCUGGCACCGUGCCUGGAAGCAGUGUGCAGUGAGAUUGACCAGUGGCCAGCCCCCACGCCUGGGCAGACCCUGAACCUGCCUGUGAUGGGAGUCGUCCUCCAGGUUCGCAUCCCAUCCAGGGUGGACAAGCCAGAAUACAGUCCUCCGCAGCAGUGCAGCCAUGAGAGUCCGCUGCCCGCCCCAGUGGUCCUUGCCAGCACCCACGAACUGGACCUGUUCAGGUGCUUCCAGCCCGUGCUGACCCACGUGCAGACUCUGUGGGAGCUCAUGCUUCUGGGGGAGCCGCUGCUGGUCCUGGCACCCUCGCCUGCCAUGGCCUCCGACAUGGUGCUGGCCUUGAUUAGCUGCCUGCAGCCCCUCAAGUUCUGCUGUGACUACCGCCCCUACUUCACCAUCCACGACAGCGAGUUCAAAGAGUUCACUACACGCACGCAGGCCCCACCAAACGUGGUCCUGGGAGUCACAAACCCUUUCUUUAUCAAAACACUCCAGCACUGGCCCCACAUCCUCCGUGUUGGGGAGCCCAAGAUGUCAGGGGAUCUUCCUAAGCAGAUCAAGCUGAAAAAGCCCUCUAGGCUGAAGACCCUGGACACCAAGCCAGGCCUGUACACCACGUACUCCGCCCACCUCCACCGGGACAAGGCGCUGCUCAAGCGACUCCUCAAGGGCCUGCAGAAGAAGAGGCCGUGGGACACACAGACAGCACUGCUGAGGCGGCACCUCCUGGAGCUCACGCACAGCUUCAUCAUCCCCCUGGAGCACUACAUGGCUAGCCUCAUGCCCCUGAAGAAGAGCAUCACGCCUUGGAAGACUCCUCCCCAGAUCCGCCCCUUCCGCCAGGAGGACUUCCUGCGGAGCCUGGAGCAUGCAGGGCCCCAGCUCACCUGCAUCCUCAAGGGCGACUGGCUGGGCCUCUACAGGCGGUUUUUCAAGUCCCCCCACUUCGAUGGCUGGUAUCGGCAGCGGCACAAAGAGAUGGCCCAUAAGCUGGAGGCCUUGCACCUUGAGGCUAUCUGUGAGGCGCAGAACAUUGAGACCUGGAUGAAGGACAAGUCCGAGGUGGAGGUCGUGGACCUGGUCCUGAAACUUCGAGAGAAGCUGGUGCAGGCACAAGGCCGCCAGCUCCCGGUGAAGGAGGCGACGCUUCAGCGGGCACAGCUGUACAUCGAGACAGCCAUGGGCACUCUGCCCAAGGACCUGCAGGCUGUCCUGUGCCCCCCGUAGGAUAGAGCCAAGGGGCAAGGUCCAGGAUCUGGCCACGCUUCCUUGUCCUCAGUGAGAGGUGGUCCCAACCAAGUUCAAGCUCCCUGCUGCUGCCCCCAGCCUUAGCUCCCUGUCGGUACCACUGUUGUUCCAGCAGUAAAGGUGGCAUUUGGAACCACAGCCUGGCCCCUGACUAUUGGCGGAUCACGCGCUGGCCGGAGCCUCGCCUCCCCCUGGGUCCCACCUGCCCUCUGCAAGGCCCGAGGGCUGGGAGGCCCAGCUGGCUGGGAGCCCUCACUGCUCUGGGCACAUGGCCACCCGUACCCUGCAGUGCCCACCUGCCCAUGCCCUGCAGGCCCUGUCCUCCAGCCCCACCAGGCUGCCCGGCCGGAGACGGAAGGAGGCAGCUGUUAGGCGACCCCUCUUCUCACGCAGCCACCCACCCAUCCUGUGGGGGAGGGGGGUACCUCGCUGUGGUCAUUGGCUUGGGAUGGGCAAAGGCCCGUUUGCAGGGGUGGAGCUCUGCCCUGUAGUUUGCUGAGAGGCUGCCAGGAGGGUCUGGGGCACCGUCCUGGGUGCCACUCUCGGAACACCCGACCGGACACCCUCUCCAUUUGCUCAGCCCAAUGCUGGUUCUUGGCCGACAGGCCCUCAACUAUCUCCCGUGUGUCCAUCCACCCCCAUGUGCAGCCUGAGCAGUUCUGGACUCUAGCCUUACCAGGUCUGCUCGGCCAGAGCCCGCCACAGCUGCCGCAGCCUCAGAGCACCAGGCUCCUUGGCAAGGGGCAAAAGGCCCUCAGAGGUGUGACACAGUGGCAUGCUGGGCCCAGUGAUGCCCAGUGCUGGCCGGUACUGGUGCUGCCAUGGCUUAGCAUGGGUGACAGCACUGUCAGCCAGCGGGUGGGUGGGCAUGAGGUGUGGACUGAGCGUUGUGGGCGUGCAGGUAAGUCUCUCGACCUCCCGACCUCAGCCGAGAGGUGAGGAUGUGUGGGUGCUUGACGGAGCUUGGUCACCUCCCUGAGCUGGGUCCCAGCAAAGUGGGUGGGUAUGGGCUGGGGGGCUGUUUCCCCUCCUGGGUGCCUGUAGGUCGAGUACUCACUGACCACUGCACUCCUUCUGUGCUGGGUUUGGCACCAGAUGACAGUGACCGCUGAUCUCAGAAAUGUUGGUGUCAACUUGCGCAGCCCUGACUGGCCUAGGACAGCAUGUCACUGCUGCCAUUCUGCAGGCAGCUGAGCCCAGUCUGGUGCAGGGUCCAAGGACCCGGCUGUGAAUGAAGUGGGAUGGAAUAGAGCCGGGAAGAGGCAUAGAUCCACGUUUGCAGAAGAACCGGGCUGGAGCUCUGGGGGUCAGAGGCCCUGCUUUGGCCCCAAUUGCCACUCUGGCCAGCCUGCCUUGGCUGUCGGCAUGGAGGGGAAGCCUCCUCAUCCAGGAUGUGGUGUUCAAGGGGGUCUGCAAAGACACCAUUGCCUUCUCUGUGCCUCGCUCUCUAGUGUGCCAGCUAGGGACAGGGCCAGAAGUGGCCCUGGGCCCCCUGAGGGCCAUCGCUUCAAGGUGUGUAGCUGGCUUGGGAAGCUGACAUGGGCCUCUCAGUUGUGACCCCCAGUGUGAGGGGUGUGCUCCAAACACCACCCUGGCCUCUGCUUCCAUCCCGUGGGCUGGGGAUGCACAGGCUGCAGGGCAGGGGCUGCGAGGGACCUCCCGGAUGGUCCAACCAGGUUCCCCCAAUUCCCUGAGUCCUGCCGUGUGGUGGAGGCUCCGUGGCCGUCCCUCCUAGCAGUUCAUCCCAAGGACCACUGUGGGCAGGAGCUCUGGGGAGGGACUCCCAGAAGGCUGGGCAACACAGCCCAGGGUGGAGAGUCCAAGGCUCUUCCUUGUUGCCUGACCUCUGGGGCACAUUAGAGCCUUGGUGGGGUGUGUCUGUGGGGGCUGGGCAUUAAGUACUGCCAGUUCCAUCCUCUCCCCCAGAAGUUCCCUUGUUCCCUCCCAGGAUCAAGUGAGCUCUGGUGUGGCUGAGUUUCUGUCCCCACCAGGCUGGAGCAGACAGUGAGGAGGAAGGGGCAGGUGGGUCAGAAGAGGCCGAAUGGCCCCCAUCAGAACCCUGUGGGCAGGAGGGCCUGGAGAGGUGGGUGACCACUGGUCCAGCAGGGUGUUUUGGUCGGUCACUGAGGGCUCUCAAGGUUAGAGGGACUGUGUGUGGUGGCCAUGGGGAUGCCAGUCAGCCACACGAGGGACAGGAAAGACGGCUUCACCCCCAAGCUUCCUGUGCUUUAUUUAAAGAUUCCCUUUUAGUCUGGGAUGGUAGCCUUCCACAUUUUUGGUAUUAAAAUGUCCUGUGACCA